GAUGGGGCGGGGUCUGGGAACCCAGCUGAGCGCACAGACGCACAGAUUCUCACAGAAGCGAAACCAGACAUCGCAGUAAUGCUGGAGGCCUUGAGCUCCCUGGCAGCGGCCCUCUGGGCGGCUCUCCGUCCUGGCACUCUCCUCCUGGGGGCUGUUGCUUUUCUCUUCUUUGCUGAUUUCCUCAAAAGGCGGCGUCCAAAGAACUUCCUGCCAGGGCCCGCGGGCCUGCCCUUUGUAGGCAACUCGUUUCAGCUGGAACCUGAGAAGGUGCACCUGACGCUUCAGCAGUUUGUGAAGAAAUAUGGGAAUGUUUUUAGCUUGGAUUUUGGUACGUUUCCUUCUAUUCUUAUAACUGGAUUACCCUUAAUUAAAGAAGCGCUUGUCCACCAAGGCGAAAAUUUUUCCAAACGUCCCAUAAUGCCUCUCCAGGAGCGUAUCUUUAACACUAAAGGCUUGAUCAUGUCCAGUGGCCACAUAUGGAAGGAACAAAGAAGGUUUGCCCUGACAACUCUUAGGAAUUUUGGUUUAGGAAAGAAGAGCUUAGAGGAAUGAAUUCAGGAGGAGGCCACCUACCUCAUCCAGGUGAUAAGAGAGGAGAACGGAAAGCCUUUCGACCCUCACUUCAUAAUCAACAAUGCCGUUUCCAAUAUUAUUUGCUCCAUCACCUUCGGGGAGCGGUUUGACUACCAGGAUAGUCAGUUCCGGGAGCUGCUGAGGCUGCUAGAUGAGGUCUUAAAUCUGCAUACGUCACUGUGCUGCCAGCUCUACAGUGUCUUUCCAAGGAUAAUGAAUUUUCUUCCGGGUCCCCACCAAACCCUCUUUAGUAAUUUGGAGAAACUGAAAAUGUUUGUUGCCAAAAUGAUUGAAAACCACAAGAGAGACUGGAAUCCUGCUGAAGCAAGAGACUUCAUUGAUGCUUAUCUCCAGGAAAUAGAAAAGCAUAAGGGCGAUGAUGCUUCAAGUUUCCGUGAAGAAAACCUCAUCUACAGCACCUUGGACCUCUUCCUUGCUGGAACAGAGACAACUUCAACCACCCUGCGCUGGGGCCUGCUCUUCAUGGCCCUUAACCCCGAAAUCCAAGAAAAAGUCCAAGCUGAGAUUGACAGGGUGCUUGGCCAAUCACAACAGCCAAGCACAGCCGCUCGAGAGUCCAUGCCCUACACCAAUGCUGUCAUCCAUGAGGUGCUGCGAAUGGGGAACAUUAUCCCUCUGAACGUGCCCCGGGAAGUGGCAGUGGACACCACCCUGGCUGGUUACGGCCUGCCCAAGGGAACCGUGGUUGUGACCAACCUGACUGCACUGCACAGGGACCCUGCAGAGUGGGCCACCCCUGACACCUUCAAUCCAGAGCAUUUCUUGGAAAAUGGACAGUUUAAGAAAAGGGAAUCCUUUCUGCCUUUUUCAAUAGGAAAGCGGAUGUGCCUUGGAGAACAGUUGGCCAGAACUGAGUUGUUUAUUUUCUUUACUUCACUUCUGCAAAAAUUUACCUUCAAGCCUCCAGAGAAUGAGAAGUUGAGCCUAAAGUACAGAGUGAGCUUGACCCUUGCCCCAGUCAGCCACCGGCUCUGUGCUGUUCCUCGGGGCUGAAGUUGCUGGGAUCGGGGGAGUGAAGAAAAGCAGGAAGAAUGAGCUUUCCCACACCCCCCAAGGCAGGGCAUCUGCUCAGAAGUGAGGGAACAGCAUCCAAUGCCUCUAGGAUAUGUCACAGGAACUGGACUCAGAGGAAACUGGAACCAAACCCCAGCUUUGCCAUCUCCAGUGGGGCCUUGAGUAAAUGAGUUAUGUUGUGAGUGAUUUCGUUUUCAUCCAGAAUAUUUAAAGUGGACAAUGACUCCAUCUCUAAAGGAAAAUCUACUAUAUAGAUCAGAGGAAAUAAUGGACUUUAAGUGGCUUGGAAACCAUAAAGCACAUCAUAAAAGUCA